UGCUCUCUAUGGUAAUGCGGAAGUGAGUGACUCGCUUCUCUCUCUGUUCGGGAAGCACAACCGGACGCCGUAGGCGCGUGGCUCUCCGAAUAAAUAGGAGGGAGAGGCUGCGCUUGCGUUGCCAUGGUUACUUCCUCGGGUCACGUGGCGCUUGUUUCCUUUUCCCUGCCGUAGAGGGACCCAGCGGAGAUGGCGCCUGCAGCCCCAAAGGAAAUAAUGCUGCAGAGCCUAGCACAAUUACUACAGGAUUCUGGUGACUUGAUUUUGGAUGGUACUAGCACUUUGACUUUGUUCACAUCCACACUACAGAUUCUCACUGAAAUCUUUGAACAGCACCUACUGCCACGGAACCAGAAUCAUGGGUUCAUUGCACUCUCAUCGCACCCGGCUGAAACAUCUGCAAUCCUUCAAGCCCAGUUUCUUUUUGAUGUCUUGCAAAAGACCCUCUCACUUAAGCUCAUUCAUGUUCCUGAUUAUGCUCUGUCAGCUGCUGUGAAAAUUUCCCCCUUCAAGUCUCUGCGGCGUUUAGAGCUGAAGUGUGUUCCUUUACACUGUCUGCAAGGUUUACGGUUUAUCUAUUCCCAGUUGGAGGCUUUGACCUGUUCCAAAUGUGUGAGUUCCCUGAAAGAGAUCUUCUCUGAAUGUGGAGGGGACCUCAGUUCUGCACUUCCUUGGCUAGAAUUACAGACAGUCAACUUCAGCUACAAUUCCAUUGCAAACCUGGAUGAUUCACUGCAAUUACUGAAUGUGCUGAAGGCAUUGGAUAUUAGUCACAAUCUCAUCCAGGACUGCGAGUGCUACCUGACAGUAUUGACAGAGCUGGAAUACUUGAAUGUAGCCUACAACUUCUUGACUAAGAUGCCUGACCUUGGACUAUACAGCCAGGCUAAACUGGUGACCCUGAUCCUUCGGUAUAACCAGCUUGAUAAUAUUAAUGGUGUGGAACAGCUACCAAGCCUUCAGCAUUUGGACAUUGCUUACAACUUGCUGCUGGAGCACUCUCUGUUAGCGCCAUUGUCCUUGCUCCACAACUUGAGAAGAUUGCACCUGGAGGGAAAUCCUUUAUGGUUCCAUCAGAAUCAUCGAUUGGCCACAAUAACACACUUGUCUCCUAGAGCUAUUCCUUGCAAUUUCCUUCUUGAUGAGGAGCCACUGUCUGUCUCUGACCUGCGGAAUCAUUCCAAACUGGAUCAAACUUUUGUUCAGCCACUCUACACUCCAGCCUCAGAGAGGGCCUUGGCAGACCGCAGUGCCCUGGAAAGUUCUUGUGCCGCAGACCAAAGUGACAGCCAAUCCCCUGGAGAAAAUAAAUUUGCAAGACGUCCCUCCCAGAGGAGAUCUAAGGGGAAGAUCAAAGUGCGCAGGGCCAGCAUUUCGGAGCCCAGUGAUACAGAACAUGAGACCAGAGUGCUGCCCCUCUCUUCAGGUAUAGUUCGGCAGCACCAGGCAGAGAUGGAGCGUAUGGACAGCUUCCGGGAUCGCUUUGGGGCACACUGGCUUCAGUAUCGGCGGCACCUGGAAGCUGAUGGACAGGCCGGGCCUGCUACUCCCUCUGGCAGCCCCACAGUGGAAUCCCCUGGCAACACAAGUGAGGCCUCUGAGCAGAGUGAGAGCCUGGUACCAGAGAAGAUCCCUGAUACUGCUGAGGGAAAAGACCAGGACCUGGACCUGCUGCAGGAAGAGAAUGUGGUGGAAUGUCCCAGAGCAACAACAGGCACAGAUGUGCCAGCAGCUAAAGAAGAUAAAGAACAGGAGGAAAAACUGGAAGUGGAUCUCUGCCAGCCAAUGUUGGUUAGUCAGAUAGAAGGUGACUGUGACCCAGAACCAGACUGGAUCUUCCUGCGAGUUACUAGCCGGCAUGUCAUGGAGGUGGAGCUGAAAGCAGCCAGGGUUCUACACAGGCUGGAGCUGCAAAGCCUGGAGAAAGUAGAGACUUCAGAAAUUCCCUGGAAAAGGAUGGAUCUGGAGCGUGUCUUUCCAGUUCUCACCCUGCACUUCAGCUACAUCUGCAAGGACCGCCAGAAGCGUCGCUAUGUCGUGCUUGAUGACCAACCUGAACUUUGUGUACAGAAAUUACUCAAAGUGUUGACACCAAUCCUGGAGAAAAACCGGAAAAACAGAAGUCAGGAGAAGGGAGGCUCGAAACUUCAGUGUCUGAAAUGCAAGCAGGAAUUUCCAGGGCACUUGCUUGGGUGGCAAAGUGCAGGCCCUGCUGAAGAAAUUGACACUUUCACAGAGCAAGAUGCUGCUUCUUCCAGUGAGCCCAUCAUCUGCCCUAGCUGCUCAAGUGAUCAUGUGAUUAUCUUACCCUGCGAAACACGGCCCAGCACGCUGUUGCUUCCUCAAGAUGGCCUUGAUGAAAGCCAGCAGGAGCCAGAAUCAGGGAAGUUCUACAUUGGUGAUGAUAAUAACUCUGAAACUGGGACUAGCUCCAGUACCCAAAUUCAAGAGCUGAGUGCACAUUCCAGCUCCCGCAGCUCCGAAGGAACAGACGCGAGUAAGAGGGAUUUGAACUCCAAGAGGCGAUUUUCUUCCUUCAGCCGUACAGACACCAAUGGAGGGAGCCUACUGGGGAGCUAUCAUUAUAGUACAUCUCGUGGAGCCACCCCUUCUCAGCUCUCUCUGAGCUCAGAGCAUGAGGAGCACUGGAACCUGAGCCCUCCAACCAACAGUCUGUUGAGCAUGCGGGACUUCUUUUCUGUGGACCAUCGUCUAAAGCUUUAUUUGGACAUGGAAGUGUUUGACAAGGCAGAAGAGUUCAAAUGCUUUCUCAAGGUGGCUGUAGUGAAAAAUGGCCAGCCAGGGGAGUUCCAGGCACUCCUGGUGUGUUCAGAUGUUCAACUUCAUGUGUUGGAGGUUAAAGGGGAGAUAAGGGGACAGCCAUCUGACUGGUUGAAGAAGGGUGACUGCCACUGCCUAUCUAACCUCUCUUGCCUGGAGGUAGGACUGUGCCACCAGAGCUUGCAUGUGGAGUUUGUGAAUCCUUCUGCCUCCUAUAACCUGCUGCUUCGCAACCAGAGCCGCUGCCGACGCUUCCUCCAGUGCCUGACACAACUCAUACAGGAAUUGCCAGCCAAAAGCAAGAGAAAUAUCCCAGAUGUUACUGUUCUGGAAAUGAACCCCCAGCAUCCAUUGUGGUCUCUGAUUGACAAAGACCUAGCAAAAGAAGCUGCAGGUGGCUCAGCCAGACCCUUCUUCUAUCUGUUGGCAUAUCUCAUCCAAGGGGCUUCUGCCUUUCCUGUGACCUUGCUCAGCACCCAUAGCAACAUUUUCUUGGUGGAAGAAGAUCACCAAUGGCAAAAAGACUCACCUUCCUCUAGUUCAGACAGUGACACUGAGCCGAAGGAUAGCUUUCAUCUGAAGGAGAGUGAGCCAAUCAGUAGCAUCAGUGGCGUUGUGCUUUACCGUUUCUCCCCUUGUGAUGUAAAACUGCAGCUUUAUGAUGAGGUCCUAAAAGUGGAGAGCACUUGGCACUUGCGAACAGAGUGUCCAGACCUCUUGGCUGAGCUGGUGGAAUGGCUGCGUGUGCCCUGGGAAGAGAUGUUCUCAAUUGCUCUCCGGAAGACUGUGCUUGAGGUGCUGGAGUGAGUUAAGGAAAAUCUGACUGGGCUGUUUCUGUCCCUGCUGGAUUGAAAGAGCAGUUCUUGGACUACUUCCAUACCUCUGCUGCACAAAAUCAUUUUGAAUUUUACUGCUGUUGCUGGAAAAGUCCUAGCAACAUCUGGUAACUGCAGUAGGAUAGUUUGGGUCCUUCCCCUAUUUUGAUAGCACGGGCACUUGGCUAGUUGCAAGGUCUUGUUAAUGAUAGUGUAGGUUACUUUCUGUGGAUCAGGAAGUGAGCAAGCCACAGACAGGAAUACCAAUCACCUCCUAUUGGAUGGAGAAGAAUCCCCCUUGGCGUUUCCAGGGGCAAGCCUCAGCUAUCCACAGCUGUUCAUGUGCACUCGUCACUUUCUUCUGGGCAGCAGCUGCUGGAGAUCUUGAAGCAGACCAUUCAGACAGUUCUAGAUUGUGCACAGAACUGAACUCUUGUGAUUCUGCUUCAGAGGGCCUGGAGCUCCCACAGCAGGGCCCAGACCUUGUUUUUUGGCAUGAGGGCCUCACUUUCCAGACAUAUGAAGAAAAUACACUGAGAUCAGUGUCCAUGUGCUGGACUACCUUUCAAAGGGUGGUCUUAUCUGCUGGGUAGGGAGGUGGGGUUGAGAAGGUUGCACACUCUGUCUCUGUGGGUGCAGAGAAAAUUCAGGUUCUUUGGGUAUGAGUCACUGGAAACUGUAGCCUCCCCUGGACAGGACAAAAAAUCAGUUUUAACUGUGAGGCUUUUAUUUUUGUUGUCUAAUAAAAGUUUUUUUUAUUAGCCUUU